CCGCGGGACCAUUUUACCACCAAAACCCGGCCCCUACUGGGUCUGAAACUAGUGGGGAUCCGACCUGGUGAGGCAAAUUACCAUCCCUAAUAAAAAAUUUACAAGUAUUAGUACUACAUCAAUAAAAAAUAUUUAAAUAUUGAAUUUGAUGCUAAAUAUUUACGUUGAAUUUCUAGAUAUUUGGCAACAAUUACUAUGAAUUGUCGACCAAAUUAUCACAAUAACUUGAGAAAAGAAUGAGUAAAAAACACAAGAUAGUUUGCAAGUUUCCUAGUGUGGAAUGGGGAGGACUGCUGCUAUAUUUAUAGGAGAAAGCUGGUAAUGUUUUGAAUUAUUUUUGUAUUUUUUUUAGAUGUAAACGCACACAAACGUCUAGUUUCUUUCAAAUUCGAAACGUUGUCCGAGUUGAACAUUGUUGAAUUGGCUGUUGGUGCAUGGCGGCAUGGAUCUAGAAGCGGCCAGGCACAAUGCUGUAGGGGUGUCGGGCUCGGGCGCAACGACACAAGCGACAAGGGCUAGGGGUCGGGACUCGGGCGUCAGGGCGCGUUACGAAUGGAUGUACAGGGCACCAUGCCGUCAGCGGAAGAGCAGUGACAGGGAGCCACAGGCGCGCAUCAUGGGCCAUCGAGCCAAAUGUGCGUUGCGUGCCUAUAAUGCUGAUGGGUUGAGUCCUGCUCUUUCCGGCCGUGCUCGUGCCAGCUUGCCCUGCUAAUGUGGCAGCCUAGACACGUCCGAUGGUGUAGUACUCAAGUUAAACCCAAUCUCUACCCACAUUACCUAUGAAAAUACAUUCCUCAUCUCCAACUAGGGAUGAAAAGCGAUACAGGAAUAUCCUGUUUCUGCGAUCGUUUUCUAUUUUUCCUAAGUGUUUUUGUUUUUUUAUGUGGGAAUGGGACGGUGAUGUCCGAAAACGAAAAUAGAAUGAAAAACGGUUGAUGCCUCCUCCCACCUGUUUUCUUGAAAUCCCGUUUUUAUUCAGAAAAAUUCCGUUUUUAUCCCGAUUUACACACACGGCAUGCUAGAGUGUCCAGCGGCCUGACCACUUCACCCUGCUCCCGGUUCUCCGCUCCUUAGCCCCCGCCCUCGCCGCCCUCCUCCCACACGCUCGCUGUCAAGAUUGGCGCCCAUGACAACCUCUUCGCGGCGUCCGCGCUGGUGCUGUGCUACGCCAGCCUGUGCAACCUGGCCGACGCGCGGAGGCUGUUCGACGGAAUGCGUGAGCGGGACGCCAUCCUAUGGACGUCCAUGCUGUCAGCCUACGCGCAGGGCGGGGAGCCAGAGGCGGCGUUGCAUUUCUUCCAAGGGAUGGUGGCGGCUGGACGCGGUGGUCAUGGUCAGCCUGCUGCUUGCGUGCGGGCAGCUCGGGUGGCACCGCCACGGGAGGAGCAUGCACGGCUGCUGCGUCCGAACUCCGGAGGUUCAUGGGAAUACCGUUGUCGCUGGGGAACGCGCUUGUGGACAUGUUCGUCAAGUGCGGGGACUUUGCAUUCGCUGAGAGGGUAUUUGCUUGCAUGCCCAGGCCGGAUGUCAUCUCGUGGAGUGCAUUGAUCCUUGUCACCGUCUGAAUGGGUUCAAAAUUUUAAAAUAUAGAAGUUCGUUAGCUACUGGCCAUCUACACUGAAUCUUAUUGUAAUCAUUUAAGAAUAGUUUCGUGUAUACAUGUGGAAGAUCUAGUUAAUGCUCCUUGCUGCAUUUUAAAUGGAAGACCCAAAGGAUAAAUUGUUGUAUGAGGACAUUGUCCAGUGUCAGUUCUUUCUAUCACAAAAACUUAUAUGUUUAUUAGCAUGCUUGUUUUAAUUGACAGUAAAUUUUUAAUAUUUUUAUAUCAUGUACUCAUGUGUGUGGAUUUUCUUGUACUCAUGUACUUGGACUUUGAGUUUUGGACUUAUACUUUGAGUGAAUGUAUAUAUUUGCGCGAUUAUUAUAUACUCAUGUGUAUAUCACUAUCAUGUUUAUGUAUAGAAUUAUACUACUGUUAUUUUUAUUUUAAUAUUCCAACUCAUGAACUCAUGGUUGUAAUGUUCAAUCUUUUCGAUUUUAAUUAUUGAUUUUCAUCCGAUAUUGAUAUAUUUUCGUUUGAAUUAGAUGUUUUCGUAUAACCAGCAAUAUUAGGUUCGUUUUCGUUUUGGGUUUUUCAUUUUCGUUUUCGUCCUGUCGAAAAAAUGUGAGUGAAAACGGUUCCGACGCAACCCUUGAAUCGGCCGCGGGGAAAUGGGGAGGCGGCGGCGACUCGCGCGGCUCGACGACAACGACGACGGCAGCGCCGCCGAGGCGCCCAAGGCCAAGUCCUCUGGCGGCGCUGGCUCCGCGGGCUCCAACCCCAAGAAGCAGCCGACGCCGCAGCAGCGCCGCCGCGUCGCCGCCGCGGCCUCUGACGAGGAGGAGGAGGAGGACGACGAGAAGGAUCUGGAGGCGAUGCGGAGGGACGAGGAGGAGGACCGGCGGGAGGAGGAGACGCAGACCCGCCGCCGCCGCGGCAGGCCGAAACGCCGCGCCCCGGAGAGCGACGACGAGGAGGAGGCGGAAGAGAAGGCGGAGCCCGAGGAGGAGCCCCGCGAGGAGAGCACUGAGCCGGUGCCCAUCGGGAAUCCAGUGAAGGUCACCGGCAAGGGGAAGAAGCAGAAGAAGCACUACGCCUCCUUCGAGUACGAGGGCAACACGUUCGAGAUCGAGGACCCCGUGCUGCUCACGCCUGAGGACCGCAGUCAGAAGCCCUAUGUCGCCAUCGUCAAGGAUAUAACAGAAACUGAGGGGAGCUUAAAUGUAACUGGCCAAUGGUUUUAUAGACCAGAAGAGGCUGAUAAAAAGGGUGGUGGAAGCUGGAUAGCACGUGACACACGGGAACUAUUUUACAGUUUUCAUAUCGAUGAUGUGCCUGCAGAGUCAGUUAUGCAUAAGUGUGUGGUACAUUUCAUUCCUCUGCGCAAGCAGAUCCCCAGUCGAAAGCAACACCCUGGAUUUAUAGUCCAGAAAAUCUACGAUGCAGUUGAGAAGAAACUGUGGAACCUAACAGACAAGGACUAUGAGGAUAACAAGCAACAAGAGAUUGAUCUUCUUGUUAAAAAAACAAUGGACCGUAUUGGUGAGCUUCCUGACCUUGAACCACUUGAAGAUACGCCCGCUAACAACACUGAUCAUGUGUCAAAUAAACGAAACCUACGGAAGAAACCUGUGAACCCUAUAGAUGUCACAAAAGAACCUUCAGCUGGCAUAUCUGAGCACUUUGCAAAAGCAGAGACACCUGGAAGUGAUAAACCAAAGAAUUAUGCCAUCCUUGUCAGAUAUAAAGCAGUUACCGGUAAUCAGUCUCGUGAUAAGUGGCUUGAUAAAUUGUUAGAUAGUAUUCCACUAGCAUUAAAGGAGAGUGCUGGGGCGUCUGAAGCUGAUCCUGGUACUGCUCCCAAAAGUUCAGCUAAUGGUUCAUCUGCAAAGGGUUCUGAUGACAACGAAAAAUCAUAUGUACUCGAUGAUGUUGUUCCAAUAAUGGUUGCCUUAGAAAGAUCUGCAUAUGACGCUCUUGGCACUGACUUUGGGAAGUAUAACCAGAAACUGAGACAAUUAUGGUUCAACAUCAAGAAUAGCUCUAAACUACGCAAGCGACUGAUGGACAAGGAGCUCGAUCCUCCAGUUCUUUUAACUAUGUCACCUGAUGAGCUAAAGGCUGGAUUGACUUCAGCAGAGAAAGCAUCUGAACCAGAAGAAUUAAGGCAGUUGCAGAUGACUGACGCACGAUGUCAAAGAUGCCAAGAAAAGAAAGUUGGCAUAUCUGAUAUUAUUCAUGCAGGUCAUGGAGAUCGCUAUCAGCUUGAAUGUACUUCCUGCGGCCACACAUGGUUUUCAUCCUACGAUGCCAUCUCGUCACUGACGGUGGAUGGUCCAAGCACUGCUGGGAAUGUGGGUACUGCCCCCUGGGCGACAGCAAAGUUCGACGUCCUUGAGAAGCAGCUCACGAUCCCACGCGACCAGCCGGACAAGUCAGCUGCCAAUGCCCUCCAGAAGAGCACCGCGGCUUACAUGCCUACGCUGGAGAAGCAGAAAUCGUUCCGCAAACCCAAGCCGGAGGAACCCUCCCCUGCACCUGCACCUAAUCAUGAGUAGACCGUAUGCUGGCUGCCGCAUGGUGUUAGUCGAUAGGAGGUUCAGGCUUCAGAGGUCUAUAUUUGUACAGAUCUGGAUGUAGCAUCGCAUUCCCGGCUCUAACAUGCCACAAUCUCGUUUUUUUCUGGUUGGAGACACCGGGCAGAGAUCUUGGCGUCGGUAGGUUUUUUGCGCUGCCUCUAAUAUUGUCUGCUGUUACCUGUACGAGUGCUCUCGUUUGGUUGUCUGCAUGUAGCCAUUACCCUGCGGGUGAGUUGACAUGCGGUUUCUGGUAGCUCCCCGGUUAAUCAUUUCUCUUGCGACA